CUCUAAGUUUGGCAGUUUCGGCGAAACUUUUUUGAGCCUCUAUUAGCGACUCUCCCGCAAAUCCCCCAUCACGGAGCGCCUCGCCCAACUCCACAUCCCAGAAACACCAGAGUCAUGGGAUCCAAAUAUCUCCUUCGCCCUUUGAGGGUCCUUUCUGGCCCUGGGAUUUGUCCCAGGAUCGCUGGCAGCGCGCGAAUGCAAUACCAUUCUCCACUCACGUCGCGAUCAAUUACUACAGAGACUCCGUCUGCUGGAUCAAAUUUCACUGAUACUGUCUCCUCUACGCUCUUCGAUUCCUCCCCAACUACCCCUACUGUCCUUACUACGAUCUACGAUUUUCCAACAAUGGAACCUCUUGAAUUCGCCGAAUACCCAUCAAAUCAUCUUCAUUUGCCUCUUCGCCGGGAUAUUUUGCACAAGGCUGUCGUGUACGAAGGAGAUAUGACCCGUCAAGGUACGGCGAGCACGAAAUGGCGAGAUGACGUCCAUGGAAGCGGACGCAAACUUUACCCUCAAAAGGGCACUGGCCGCGCCAGAGCAGGUGACAAGAAGUCGCCUAUUCGACGAGGAGGAGGUGUCGCUUUUGGCCCUAAGCCGCGAGACUUUUCGACCGAAUUGCCCCGGAAGAUUUACGACUUGGCAUGGAGAACCGCUCUCAGCUACAGGUACCGAAGGGGUGAGCUGCUUGUUGUCGCAGACGGCGCCGACAUUGAGUACCCUAAGACGAGAUUUGUGAAGCAGAUAUUUGAGAAGAACCAUUGGGGCAACGCAGAUGGGCGAUCACUCGUCGUGACCGAGUCGUUCCGGACCAACUUGUUUAGAGCGCUCCGACAUGCUGGAGAGGAGGGAAGAGUUCUGACCACAGAUCAGGUUGAUGUGAAGGAUCUCCUUGAGCUUGGCCGUGUUAUUAUAGAGAGAAGUGCAUUGGACAGCAUCCUGAGGGAGCAUCAGAGCGAUCUUCUCGGAGGCAUUCGUUCCGUCGUCGCCCAGCAAUAGGGCAUUUACUUUGUACACUAGCAUUUGUAUUAUGAAAUUUGGGUGAAUUUCUUUUUCAGAAAAAUGUAGAUUUUUUAAUUCUUUUUAAGCUUCCUGGAGUGGC